AAGGUAUGGUCUUAAGUCGUGGAGGUAGCAUCAUGAGGUUUUCUGGCUACUGAAUGAAAGCUGUGGCUAAUUUACAUGGGAAUGUCAUAUCAGUGGUUUGAUAAGCUAAAUCUGACCGGGUGAUAAGAAGACACUUUGAAGUGGACGGUGUUCCCCGGGCUGCAUGUGUGUUUGGCGGACGUGAACCAGGCUCUCUGACCGGACCCUACGUCCCCACGCCACCACCAGCUGAUGGUAACCCACGAUAAGGCACGGGCUAUGCGGAAGCUCAGACAGGAAGUCCGGUUAAAAAGUUGACUAAGCCAGGCAGCCAGCUAGCUAGCGAUGCACGCUUUUAUCCACUCCGCGGAGCAGAAAAUGCAUUAAAGCCAGGGACAGACGCCGUUCGGGGAAGCCGACUUCUUUUUUGCCAUAUGAGGUAAGAAGAAAAUGGGGCGGCGUUAAAGCGAUUCACGGCCGAAACCCUGUGACCCGAGCUGAGCCUGUGGGAGUGUAGGAGCUAACGUCACCGCUGGUUUGACUGGAGGAGCCGCACAGGUUUACCACGGUAGCUGCUAGCCCCGAGCUGCAGAUAAAUACGCAAAAUGGAGGACUCAGGCAGCAGCAAGCCAUUCGUGGUGACGUCCUCUCUGAACCUCAAAGUCACCACUCCGUCUUUCUACAACCAGCCGAAGAAGUUCGCGUCGGUGGCACCGCCGCGCCCCAAAAGCCAGACCCCUCCUUCGGCUCCGUCGCCGACACCGAUAGGCACGGCUGUUAUUGGACGAGUGGGAGACAUGCCUCCUCCGCCCCCUUCGCUCUGUGACGACUUCCCACCCCCUCCUCCUCCUCCACUGGAUGAUGACUUGCCAGCCCCUCCCCCCGAAUGCCAAACCACCCCCAGUGCCUCCGACGCCCCCCCUCCCGCAUUCCCCGCUCCACCUCCAGUGGCAGAUGACCUGCCCCUCCCAGCUCCGCCUGAGGAGAGCGCCUGUCCACCCACCUGUCCCUCGCCCCCUCCUCCUCCCCCUCCCCCUCCCCCUCCUCCCCCUCUCCCCGCUUCUGGUACCAGUUUUCCCAGCGCCGUCGGGAACCAGCAGAGAGUGACGGACAAGCAGACCAGCUUCGACAAACAGCUCGACUCUCUGACCGACCUGUUGUCUGAGAUGGAGACCAGGGGACCUUUCAACCCCAAGAAACCAAACCAGUAUUCAUCAGCACCAGCACCCAAACCACCAGCUCCUCCCCCGACCGCCCCCAAACCAGCGCUCUCCUUCCUCCCACCUCCUGAAAUGGGAGACCGCCCGCCUCCUGCACCUUGGGCCGAAGAACUCAAAGCCAGAACGAACCGACAAGCCAAUCACAACUCCGCACCAAACUCUGCCGCUCAGCCGUUCGCUAAGGCCCCGGCUGUGGCCCCCAAGUCUGGCUUUGGAGGGAGAAUGACGACAUCGUCGGCCUCCCUGGCACAAAAACUCAACCAGAACCUGAACCAGAUGCCCGCCCCGGCCAGCAGCGCACCAAAACCCCCCCCUUCCACAGCCACCAGCUCCUUCCCUCCACCUCCCGCUGCUCCGCCUGCGCCUCCGGCUGCACCGGCCAACAGGGCCGCCGUCCCGUCCCCUAACCACGUGAAGAGCGCACCGUUUGUCAGUCAGGUGAACGCUAACCAAAACCCUCCAGCUGCUGUGCCUCCUCCACCUCAGCCCAAGACCAUGACGUCUCCACCCUCCUCCUUUAACCAACAAUUAAGAUCUCCCCCUGCAUCAACACCUUCACCUCCUGCCCAAGUUCCCAUCCCAGGUGGAGGCGUUCCUCUAAACAUGAGGGAAGUGGAGGAGCUGGAGAGAAUGACCCGGGAAUUUAUCAAAGACAUGGACUCAAACGCACCUGUCAUCACCUCCCCUCCUACAGAGGUUUGUGGGAAGUGUGGCGAGGCUCUCUCCCGUACUCAGCCAGCAGUGAGGGCCAUGGAUAAACUCUUCCACUCCAGCUGCUUCUGUUGCAUGAGCUGCCAUCGCCCCCUGCAGGGCAUGCAGUUCUAUGACAGGGACGGCUCGCCCCAGUGUGAAGACUGCUACAUGAGUUCCCUGGCAAUUUGUUCCCGAUGUGGGGAGAGGAUCACAGACCGUGUGUUGAAGGCGGUGGGACAGUGUUUCCAUGCCCAGUGUUUCCGCUGCAGCACCUGUUCCUGUGUACUGGAGGGGGCCCCCUUCAUCACCGAUGACAACAACAACCCCUACUGUGUCCAGGAUUACCACAGGCGUUUCUCCCCUUUGUGUGUGAGCUGCAAUGAGCCCAUUGUUCCGGCCGCAGGCAGCGAAGAGACAGUCAGGGUGGUGGCCCUCGACAAGAACUUCCACCUGAAGUGUUACCGCUGUGAGGACUGUGCGCGCCCCCUCUCCAUAGAAGCUGAUGAAAACGGCUGUUAUCCACUCGAUGGUCGCAUCCUGUGUAUGAAGUGCCACACCCAGCGAGCCAAGCAGGCUGCGCAGUGAACGGCUGCUGCAGCGGAGUUUUACUAUGAACCAAAUCCAUAAGCACAGGAUUCAUUCAGCUGCCGAUUUGCCUUUGCAAACAGGGCUUUAUUCAGUAUAUGUGCGUGUGUGUGUGUGUGUGAGAGAGAGAGAGAGAGAACGUACAGUGUGAAAAGAAAAGGUAUGUUUGCAUGCAGAUCCAGUGUAGUAUUUCCUUUCUUUUCAUUCACUUUUCUUGGUGCAGAGGUAAUGUACUGCACUGACAUAAACUCCCCUCUUCUAUUAUCCCAGAUCUCCAACUUUCCAAUCUCCCAUUUAGUCUCCUUUGUGUACUCAAGUGUAUUUUUUUUUUUGUGCCAAUUCUAUGUUUACGCUAAAAUCUCCAGCAUAUCUUGCACAAGAACAGUUUGGUCAAAAGAGCAGUCCUUUGGCCAAAAGAGCAGUUGCCUUUCUCCUUUUCUCACUUUAAUAUUAGUAGCAACAUGAAACGAGCGACAUUCAUAUGAACGGUUUUACUGGCUGGUCUCUUUCCCUGUGAGCAUUGUAACUUGCGUUGGUACCAUAGGCCGGGGGACACCAGGAACCCAUUUAUUUUACCACUCCGAUUGGCUGUUUCUAGGAUAUGUCUUAAGCAAGUGUCAUGUCAGCCGGCAUGGUUAACGAUGCUUUUCCUGCUUAGAAAGUGCUUUAUAUCAGCCAGUCCUCUAGGGCUACAACGCAACGCAAAAAAAAAAAAAGAAAAGAAAAAAAAAAGAUAAAAACCAUGAAUGUGGCUCUUCGUUUUUGUGAUGUGAAUAUGCUGGUUUACAGGCAUGCGUUGAAUUAUGUCAUGUUGCUCUCUCUAUUUGAUCAUACUGUAUAAGGGCAAGAGAAGAACAAGAAUCAGCUGUUGCUGUUACAAAAAAAAAAAAAAAAAUAGUUGAGAGCUGAUUUAAUCAAGUAUUUUUAGAUGCAUGCUUCUUGGAUGAACAAAGCGCAGAUUUUCGCCUGGGAUCUCAUAAUAUCAUAAAAGUCUUUUUGUAACUGUCAGCUGCAUGGCUGAAAACAGGACCUGUUGUCAUGUAACCGUUGCACAGUUCAUCAGUGAAGUGAAACAUCUUUUUCUUGUCACUUUGACUCUAAAGUUCCCGCACAUGAUACGUUCUAUUUAAGUAAACGCCAUCUAGUUUUAGGUAGUUAGAACCUCUUGCUUUAAAUAAUAUAAUUUAUGGACCUAUUUCUUAUUAAGUAUUAAGGCUACACUAAAAUAACAGCAGGACAAUAGAACUGUAGAGGCUUCUGAGCUGUAGUUAGCAGACGAUAAAACAAAGUGAUCAAAUACUUUCAAGGUGUUAGCGAGAUUAGAGGAACAGUUACAUGGGAUUUAAUGAUUCUACAGUCGUGUAUGUUGUUUGUUUGAGCCCUUUGUUUUUUUUUUGGUGUUGAUCUUUUUCAUCGAAUACCACUAUUCUUUCUGUUACUCCGCUUUUGUACUUAAGUCUGUUAUCGGUUAUAUACGAUUUAUUCUUAUCUGUACUGUAUUUCACUGAUAAAUGGUUACAUUAUUUGGUCUUAUUUUUAA